UGUACAUAAACGAUUUCCCGAAAACAGCUGUAGGUUAUCCGACGGAGUAAAUCAUAAUAAACAGAUAAAAAACGAAACGUAAAUAAUAGGGUGAAAAUUUAAAUAGUAAUAUAUAAAAAAUGUUGGACUUGUUUACCAUAUUUAGUAAAGGAGGGAUUGUCCUCUGGUGCUUUCAGAGUACGUCCCAGAUAUUUAAACCGAGUGUUAAUGCACUCAUCAGGAGUGUUAUUUUGCAGGAACGAACAGGUGUUUCUGCAUACGAGCACGACUCCCUGCGCCUUCAGUACAAACUCGACAAUGAAUUCGAGCUGGUGUUCGUCGUGGCAUACCAGAAGAUUCUGCAGCUCUCGUACGUCGAUAAAUUCCUCAACGACAUUCACCUGGAGUUCCGGGAUAAAUUCAAGAAUCAGCUGGAGAAGUCCCAGUGGUUCUUCGAUUACGGAAAAUUUAAGAGCGAUUACCAGAGCAUUCUGGUUGCUGCUGAGCAAUGGGGGAAGCAGCAGGCCAAGAUACCCAAGCAGAUGCGGACGUUCGACGAGAGCGCUAAAUCUAAAAAGACUGUUGCCAGUAUGAUUGAGAGGAAGGAUGAUAAGGAUGAUAAAAAAUCCGGGAAAAAUAAGAAGAAAGCAGCUGUUGCAUUUGACGAAAACGAGAAAUGUAUAGAAGAAAAUGGAAAUGAACAAAUUGCUGUUACUAAUGGAGAAGCAGAUAUAGACUCGGGGGAAAAUUCUUUAGAAUUGAAUUUGAAGAAAUUGAGUCAGCGCAUCAAUAAGAAAAAAAUCGAUAAGCAAAAGAGUCCAAAAGCCGAAAAAGCAGGAAAAAAGCCUCGCGUGUGGGAGCUUGGAGGCACAAACAAAGAUCUUGCGAAUUUGGAACGUACGCGAGACAAGCCGUCAGAGGAUGGGGAACGUAUUCAAGCUAAUACUGCGCUGAUUGGUCAGAUGAAAGGAGGCAUUCGUGACCUAGAAGUCGAGUCAGACUCCGAAGACGACUACGAGGAGGAGAUUUUGGUGGCUGCAAUGCCAAAAACUGAGAAGAAAUCCGGUGGUGGGAUGUUCUCAGUGCUCAAGGGUCUCGUCAGCAACAAACAGCUGACCUCCACCGACUUGGAUCCCGUCCUCGAGAAGAUGAAGGAUCAUCUCAUCGCUAAGAACGUGGCAUCGGACAUUUCUGUGAGCCUCUGCAGCUCGGUGCGUGCCAAGCUCGAGGGCAGGGUCCUGGGGACCUUCGAGAGCAUCGCCAACACUGUCAAGACGACCCUCACCGAGUCCCUGGUGCAGAUCCUCUCGCCAAAACGCAGAGUUGACAUUCUUCGUGAUGCGUAUGAGGCGAAGAAAAAUGGAAGGCCUUAUGUCAUGUCUUUCUGCGGGGUUAAUGGCGUCGGAAAAUCGACGAAUCUCGCGAAAAUCUGCUUCUGGCUGAUCGAGAAUAAUUUCAGGGUGCUCAUUGCUGCUUGCGAUACUUUCCGUGCCGGUGCAGUAGAGCAAUUGCGUACCCACACCCGUCACUUGAACGCCCUUCAUCCAGCUGAGAAGCACGGAAAUUUAACUAUGGUACAAUUAUUCGAGAAAGGCUACGGAAAGGAUGCUGCUGGGAUUGCAAUGGAGGCAAUUCGCUUCGCCAAGGAAUCAAGGAUAGACAUUGUAUUGAUCGACACAGCUGGAAGAAUGCAGGACAAUGAACCGCUGAUGCGAGCACUGGCGAAAUUGAUAAAAGUUAAUCAGCCAGAUCUCGUUCUAUUCGUUGGAGAAGCACUUGUGGGUAAUGAAGCUGUUGAUCAGCUUGUUAAGUUCAAUCGUGCACUCGAGGAUUUCAGCCACUCCGACAGCCCUCGCACUAUCGAUGGAAUAGUUCUCACUAAAUUUGAUACUAUCGAUGAUAAGGUCGGUGCUGCCAUUUCCAUGACUUACAUCACGGGUCAGCCGAUUGUUUUCGUCGGCACCGGUCAAACCUACACCGAUCUCAAGACCCUGAAUGCUAAGGCUGUCGUCCACGCUCUCAUGAAAUGAAUCCAAUGAAUUUAUGCAGUUCGCAGAUACCAGUGCAUCGACAUGUAUCAGAAUGAUUAUUUGACGUCAUUUGUAUAUUUAUAUGAAAUGAAUAAUGAUGUUAUCAAUAAAUUCGAUUGUUUCAAAA